AUGUUUCAACAAACGAAUGAUGAAAUGUGUGCAAAGGAAGAAUUGUCAAAGGUGCAAAAGUUAAAAAGAAAAGGCAAAGGAAACAAUACGGACAAAAACGAUGAUAAUGAAAAUUUUACAAAUCAGGGCAAUGUGGCCUAUUCGAAUUAUGACGAGCAAGGAAAUGACAAUUUAGAGGGUCCGGGCGAUGACGACGAUGCAACAUACAAUUUGGGAAAUCCAGUAGGUCGAAAAAUAAGAACAGAUGCUGUGCUCAAUGAAGGAGGUGUAUACCAUAGAACAUUUAAUAACGGAUAUGCAUAUAUAGAUAAUUUAAGCAAUCUGAAUGACAAUACAAGAGCAGGCAUGUAUGAAAAGGGUGUACGUGUUGGUGAAGCGGCGAACAAUGACGGAACAGACUUCAACUCCAACUCCAACCUAAACGAAUCAUUAAUGAAACUCUUCAGUAUGAAGUGUAAUAUACAAGGGGACACAGUACAGGAUAGAGAGAUCAACUCGUAUAAGAAUAUUUUAAAAAAUAAUGCGAAUGCAGAUUUGAGCGAUGCAGUUACGAUGUAUGCCGAUAAAACCAGUGUGCAAAAUGGCUUAGGACAAAUGCCCACAGAUGAGCUCCUCCAUCAGGACAAACAAAACCACUGCAAUGAGAUGAACAGUGGUGAUUUUGUUAAAGGGUACAACGAAUCGUCUAGUGCUUACCAAGGAAGAGAAAACAACGAGGUAAGCCAUUUUGUGGAGCAUAAAAAGGCCUACGAAGGUGUAAGUGGCCAUUUUGAAGACGGUAUGAUGGAAAAGAAAAAACAUUUUUCAAAGCGUACAACGGGCACUGCACCCAGUUGUGUUGAUUAUGACUCGGGUGAUGGUAACGGAGAAACGCUUUACGGUGUAGAUAGCGGGAAUGGAUGCGGUGGCUCCAAUGAAUCCGUGGAAGGGACAGAGCUCAUGGCUACCGAGGAAGACCAAUAUUUCAGCAGUGAUAUGGCCAAGAGAAUUCUAGACAACAUGGACUUGGUGUACACGCUCAAUACAGAAACACAUUCUGGUGACGGUGCUGAUGAGGGAGGAGACAAAUUCAAAAUGGGAGUUUCCAACAAAUACUACAGUGCUAGUUAUGCAAAGAAUGUAAUUCAGGAUUUGAGUAAAUUUCGUGGAGAGGAUUUUAGUGGGGAUAAUGGUAGCCGAGUAGACAGAAGUAUGGGCAUGAGCUUUGGCGUCAACAUGGGAGGUGUUGCGGAUGGUUCUGAGGCGAACAGCAACAAUGAUGAAAACUACAAGAAGGUGAUAAGCACAGAUAUGAACUGUGCUAGUGAUUCGCGCAGCAUGCUCAUGUCUAGUGGUGGCAAGGUGAAUGUGGUAGUAAACAAACGAGGAAACAAGAAGCAGACCAUAUUGACCAAGAGCAAGGAAAGCAUUCCUUUGGGGCAUGAUGAAGAGGAGGGUGACUACUCCAAGGCGGGCAUGUACAUUAUGCGUGAAAAUAACGCGUCCAAGAUGGCACUAAACAGUAAUAAAAUUAACACAGGCCAAGAUCACAUCCAGAGUGGUAACCAAUUGUCCGGGUCAAGUAUCUCUAACGAAGCUAAUUUGCAGAAGCAUGUCGAAUGCAUAAUGAAAGAGAAUUCCUCUUUGAAUAACUACGACUAUUGCAAUUAUGCCAUUAACAGUACAGGCGCCAACCCCAUCGAAUUGAUGAAAUCGCAACAAAAGUAUUCUAGCGGGGCAGCAGAGAAUAAUAAAUACCAAGUGGGUAACAACCACAAUAACAGUAACAGUAACAGCUGCAGUAACCCCGCUUACCUCAUAAGUGGAGGGAAAAUGGGGAAAAGUAAAGUCGAAUCCAACGGAAACAAUGACACUUAUGAAAAUGAUGAGUACCCUGAGAGGGAGUGUAGCAACUUGUUGGGUCUUGGCCACAACGAGGAAGAAGCAGCAGCUUUCUCCAAUUAUAACAUUGGCAUGAUGAAGAAGACCAAUAAAGGUCGAGAAAAUUCUGCCAAUGUAUUCUCCGUUAACAAUGCAAUGGCCAAUUUGUGUGGACUUGUACAAGGCAAUAAUAAAAAAAAUCAUGACACAAAAACAGGUGCCAAAUUGGUUAAUAUAAAUUAUGACGGUAGAGGAGUCGGCCACAACCAAGGUGUAAACAACUAUAACGGAAUGUACACAAAGGAGGGGAUUGACACCAGAGGAGCAAAUGAAGGAGUCCAAUAUAACUGUGACGAAAAUUAUAAUAAGGAAAUGCCGCCGCCAAAAGUGAACUACCGAGGUAUGUUCUCAUCACGUAUUCGAAAUGUGAAGGGUGAAAAGUACACCUACUUGAAGAAGUCCAACGAAUGUUCUAAUCUGUCCAAUGUAAGCUCAGAUGCUCGUGUUCAAACGAAUUGUGAAGAUGGGGCAAACUACCACAAGAAAAGGAACGACUCGGCUAAUUUCGAAAUGAAGGACACACUUGUAUACCCAGGGGGAAAAUCUCAGAAGGAAGAAUCGAUCAAAGGGGGACAUGUGUAUGACGAAUAUGACGAAAGAAGCGAUUUGGAUUACCCCGAACAACAUGCCCACCUUCAUGGUCAGCAAAAUUCAUCGCGGGAAUUUCAUCAAUCUGGUCAAUCUCACCAGUCGCACCAAGUAGACGUGUUGAGAAAGGUCCCAUCAGGGAAAACAUACCACAGUGGUGACACGCGAAAUAACGCCCCCACCCGGUACAUGCAGGAACGAUAUAGCCAUAACAAAGAGAGAGGACUGGAGGACAUGUACGAAAUGGAUGCAGACACAAAUUCUCACGUUGGAGACGAAGCGCAAGAGAUACAUGAAAACGAACAGAAGGAUAAAAAGAAUUACUCCAACCAAUGGAAUGAACAUUUUAUAAGUGCACUGAAUGAUGUUAAAAGAAAAUUGAAGCAAGCUUCAAAUAAAGGGGAUUAUUUGAAAAGUGGCUCUAAUUCUGCACCGACAAAAGACAUAAACAAUGUUGAGCAGGAGAUGGAUCAUUUUACAAAGAACAAAAAUAAUGUCCACCUGAACAACUAUGAAGAAAUAAGCAAAGCCCUCUUUAACAUAAAAAAUAACUCCAAAAUUGAUGAUCUUACAAAGAAGAAGCUGCUGAGUAUGAUAGAGAAUUGCGUCUUUGGAGAUAAGAAUGGUAGCAUGCGACUUUUGCUUGAGGAAGAAGGGAACGCUGUGCAGGACGAACUGCACCAGGGACAGUACGUGGACAUGCUUGCGGCUCAGCAAGAGGUUGUAAAGGAUGGAUCAAAAGGUGGUUCAAGAAAUGAGGCAAAGGUGGGGACCAGAAAUAGCACAAAGAACCUCCCCAAGAGUGGUCGGAGAAUGGUCCAGCAGAGUGACCAAGACGAACGCUUAGGCUACUUCAAUCAGGGUCAAAAUAUGAAAAGGGGCAGAAAAAACGAAUUCAAAGUUCAACACACUUCCUACCCCAUCGGUGAUAUGAGAAGCGGGAAUUCAAACGAGUGCUUUGACACCAGUUCUACUUUGCAACAGAUGAUAGGCUCCCACCAGGAACACAAUUUGGGGGGCAACCCUGGUUAUGCUUAUGACGAGGGGAAGGCGCACUUGUACGAAAUGAAUGCAAAAGAGGGCGCAAGAAACUUUGGUCCUAAGGAGAGAAGAAACAAGAGAUCCAAAAGAAGCAUGAAUAUUGCAAAUGAAAGAGGUAGAGAAGAGGAAGCGUUACAACGGGGGGGUGAAGGUAUGAGCGACAAGUAUGAGACAUAUGAAGGGACAAAAAAUGGAAUGAGUGCUGUUGAUAGGGGCAGCGCUGUUGUUAGUAGUGGAAGGAAUGAAGGAAAUUACGCAGACGAGAUGAACAGCAACAACAUUAAUAGUGUGCCACAUAACAGUUUGGUACAGGAAGGCCUGGCGAGAGGACCGUUGGGUGGCAGAUCCCACAAAAGGGGAAAACGACCCAAGAACCAUAACGAGGAUAAUAAUGGCCACAACGCAGUGAAGAAUGUAUCAAAGAGAAAGGAUCAAAUGGCCAAAGAGAUGGAGAAGUAUGGAAGGGACAUAAUCGGAAGUACCCAUGACCGCCUCUUUCCCUAUAGCAAUGUUGGUAGGGGCAGCAGCCUCGGCAGUGGAUACAAAGGGGGUGCAGAGACGAACGGGAAUAGUGAAGAAUUUUCGAGCGGAAUGUUUCACCCCGAGGGGAAGAAGCAGUCGAUGCAGUAUGUAAGCAUGAAGGAUGAUCCACACUCACCCGUGGAAAUGAACAAGUGUGUUUACCCAAGGAAGAGAACGGAAAACGAGGAGGAAGACCUUAGUCUAGUUAGCGUACGAAACGAAUAUGACGAUGAGGGUAGAGAAAUCUCAAGUAACAUAAACAAAUUCAAAUCUGAUGAUAUAUUUAUUAAAAAGUGUGAUUUGACAAAUGAUGAAAAAAAGCAGAAAUUGUAUUUAGCCGAUAUUAUGCGAAGCAAUGAAUUGAAACAAAUUAACGACAGCUACUUUAAGUUGAACACGAACUUCCCAAGUAACCUACUAAGCACCAGUACGAGCAGCAGCUAUAGCAAUGACAACCUCAAGGGAAGCACCAACAAUUACAGCUUUAAUGAUAUGUCUUCCAAUACAUUGACAAACAAAUUUCACUUGGAUGAAAGCAUGCCCAGCAAUCUUAAUAUGAGUUCACAAAUGAACAGAACUAACUACAGUUCUUAUGAGAAGAAGAAGAAAAAAAAUGACAAAAGAAAUUUGGGUAGCAUGUAUAACAACACACCAACGACAUACGCAACCUGCAUGAAUGAUAGCAGCAGCACUACGAUGAAGUUGGUUGACCAAGACAUCAGCAAUGAGGAAAUUAUGAACCAUAAGAUUAAGAACCAUAUUAUGAGUGUGAAUGGGCAAGACGACGCAGAGGGGCUAAAAGCUGUUCAAAACGCUCCCAUCAACAUGGAGUACCUCACAAAGGAAGUUAUUAAAGGAAAUAAAAAUAUUAUGAACUUGAAUAAAAAAAUGGGAGAUAAUAAGGUGCAUGGGGAGAAGAACAAUUUGGUAAGGGUUGCCGAGGGAACUCCAUUGAGCGAUGUGUUUGGCAGCAACCCCAAUUUGCCCUACGGGUUGGUUGUGGACGGUCUCGAUGAGCACAGCGGAAAUCUUGCCAAUCGCGCAAACACAACCCGUGGUAACGAUAACGCCCCCUGGGAAGGAAGAAUCAACGAGCGCGUGGAGGGUUCUGCGAAGGAGUAUGCAGACAGAAUCAACGAAAAGGAACAAUCCGCGGGCGCUAACAACACACAAUUUGUUGACACCAUCCUAUUCAAAAAUAAGAGCAACAAUGAGAAUGGAAAAUAUCUAAGCUUCUUCUUGAACAAGAAAAUAUCCUCGUCCCGUUCGGAUCAUAAAGGAGCCGAUAUGGCCCACCAUAUCCCACACAAAAUGCUGCAUCCUAAUGAUAUGAAGGGAGAAAAUGAAUUUCUACUCAACAGAACCAAUAGUUUGAACUUAAAUUUGGGAUCACUCUCACAGGGACUUGUGGACUCUGAUAAUAUGGAGGAUGAGCACAGUGGUAUUAAUGGUAACAAGAACCACAUAUACGAUGGCAUGAUUAGGGUUAAGGAUGAAACCAUGUGUAACUCCAAUUUCUCCGAUCCGGUUAAAAUGUCAGAGGGCUUUGGUCAGCAGUUGGUGAGCGGUGGAAUGGUACCGAAGGGUAAGGAGGAAGCACUCGAAGGUGAUGCUACUAAUGGAGGAAUUAGUAAAACGAUUAGCGGCUCGGUUGGCGGAUCAGCUACUGACCAGAUGGUCGGUUUGACCAGUGAUGUGCCCAACGAACCAUCAAACCCCACCGGGUCGAGCACAAAAAAUGAAAUUGACAUAUCGAUCUGCACGCUGUCCAACUGCCCCACACACAACCCUCAAGGUUACACAAAAAAUGUAUCAAGAAAAGGAGACGCAAAUGGAGAGGGAGGAAUGAUGCAGGAAGAAAAUGAUGAACUGAAAAGAAUUCCCGGAGUUUAUUACGACAAAAAUUCACAGAGGUGGUUUGGAGAACAUAAAAUAAACGGUGUUAAAUGUGCUCAAAGUUUUGCAGUGAAAAAACAUGGAUGUGAAGAAGCGAAAAGAUUAGCAAUCGAAUGGAAAAAAGCAAGAAUAAGAGGAGAAGUAUGGGACAGAUUUAUAAAUAAAAAAAAAAAAAGUAGUAAUAAUCCCACCUGUGUGAAUAAGACAGCCAAAACUAGCAGACCAUCUGUGGAAGAAUUACGAAUAAAAUAUUUGUCCAUGAGCAAAAAUAUGCCGAAGGUUAGAGGAGUGUGGUUUAAUUCCACUCCACAAAGAAUGGGAUGGGUAGGACAAGCAUACAAAAAAUGUAAGCGAAUUGAAAGAAUCUUCUCUGUUAAUAAAUAUGGCUUUGAAGGUGCAAGAAAAUUAGCCAUUGCAUUUAGAAAUUCACAAAAACCCUCUAACGAAGAUAGCGAUGAAGACAGUUGGUCUAAGGAUGAUAAAAUGACCAUAAAAGCUGGUGAGGAAAAUUUAAAUAAUUAUGAAUAUAAAAAUGAGUACUCAGGAUCGAACGAACUACCAAUUAAAAAUAAUAACAGUAGCAGUAGUAGCAGUAACGAAAUUAAUCCCAGCAAAAUAGAAACGAAAGAUACCAGAAUUAAUCUCUGCAGAGAUGCUAUCCUCUUCAUUUUGCAUGACCUGGAAACCAUCCUUGAAUUAAACAUUCCAAUGCUUCAUAAAAAUGUUAAUAUUUACAAAAUUUGUAUAAAGCACCACUUAAAUUAUUUAACCCUUAUCAAAAGUGAGGAGCAAAUUAUUCCUUACCUCAACAUUUUUGGUGAUUAUAUUCAAAGAUGCAUUUUGCCCACUGAUUUGCCCUACGCCGAAUUAUACGUCUUGAUAGACUCCCUCAUCCAUAAUGACAUUUUGCCCUCAUUUGACCACAAGGAAAACUUCUCCGAGUACUCAAUGGCGGAGGACCCCGGAAUUAUUACGCCCUCCAUGUUGUUGUGA